CUGUGAGGGCAGCCGCGGGGCCGGGGUCCUUGUGACAUGAGGUCUUAUUUAGUCUGGGUCAGGUUCAGUGCUGCUUCAGGAGGGAAACUUCAGGGGCUUUGUCCCGACACAAAGAGCAGUCGCCGCCGCGGAGCCCGGAUUGUCAGGGGGUGAAGCUACAGCAGGAACCCAAACUAUGUCUGGCAUAGCCCUGAGCAGACUCGCACAGGAGAGGAAAGCUUGGAGAAAAGACCAUCCUUUUGGGUUUGUUGCAGUACCAACAAAAAAUCCAGAUGGCACAAUGAACUUGAUGAACUGGGAAUGUGCUAUUCCAGGCAAGAAAGGGACCCCAUGGGAAGGAGGAUUAUUUAAACUACGAAUGCUUUUUAAGGAUGAUUAUCCCUCUUCGCCUCCGAAAUGUAAAUUUGAACCUCCAUUAUUCCACCCAAAUGUCUAUCCUUCAGGCACAGUGUGUCUGUCUAUCUUAGAAGAAGAUAAGGAUUGGAGGCCAGCAAUCACAAUUAAACAGAUCUUGUUAGGAAUACAAGAACUUCUAAAUGAACCAAAUAUACAAGAUCCAGCUCAAGCAGAGGCAUACACAAUUUACUGCCAAAACAGAGUUGAAUAUGAAAAAAGAGUCCGAGCACAAGCCAAGAAGUUUGCACCAUCAUAAGCUUCAGCAAUGUGGCAUCUUACAAUAAAUAAGGAAAAAAAACUAAAAAAAAAAACU